ACGAUGGAUACGAAAGCCAACACGGGCGCACAGGUUCAAUAGUGUGUGGUAACGAUGGUUGGUCUCAUAAACCUAUAUGUUAUGAAAUGGAAUGCAAGAUUCCUGAAAUAGAAAAAUACUUAGUUACUGAGCCCAAAAAAGACAAAUACAAAAUCGGAGACGUGUUGAAAUUCUUCUGCAGACAAAGACUUAAAAGAGUUGGACCAGAUUCAGCUCAGUGUUACGAAUUUGGAUGGUCCCCUCAUCUUCCAACAUGUAAAGAGCAAAUAAAACGGUGUUCUCCACCUCCUCAACUCCUUAAUGGGAAAGUUAAAGAAAUACAGAGAGAAAACUGUGAACCCAAUGCAUUGGUGGAAUAUGUGUGCAAUCCUAGAUUUCUGUUGAAGGGUUUUAAUAAAAUUCAGUGUGUUGAUGGACAAUGGACAGACUUACCGAUUUGUAUUGAGGUGGAGAGUACAUGUGGAGAGAUACCUGAACUUGAAUAUGGGUACGCUGUUGAGACUUCUAACCCUCCCUAUCACCAUGGAGAUUCAGUGGAGUUCAGUUGCAGAGAAGAAUUCACAAUGAUUGGAAAAAAAUCAAUUACAUGUAUAAGUGGAUUAUGGACCCAGCUUCCUCAGUGCAUUGCAACGAAUGAACUUGAGACGUGUGAAUACAGCUUAACUAUACGUGAGGCAAAUCCAUUACAUAAGACCGAAUUUGAUCAUAAUGAGAACAUAAGUUACAGAUGUAAAGGAAAACUAGAACAGAAACACUCAACGUGCAUUAAUGGAAGAUGGGACCCUAAACUAAGCUGCACAGAAGUACAAAUGCAGUCAUGCCCACCUCCACCUCAGAUUCCCAAUGCUCAGAAUAUGGCAACGACAAUAAAUUAUCGGGAUGGAGAAAAGGUAUCUGUUAUCUGUCAAGACAAUUAUGUAAUUCAGGAUGCAGACGAACUCGUGUGCAAAGAUGGAAGAUGGCAGUCGAUACCACACUGUGUUGGUCAGUAACGCAUCACUUGCUUU